GAGAUGGUAGGGACGGAUUGACGAAGCAAAAUCCAUGGCUCCACACGCACUGGCGAUCAGGUUCCUCAGCCAGAUAGCUACUCCCAGGUUCUCCUGCGUUAGGCCCGUCGGUUUAGAUUCCUAUGGUCGAAUCUGGCCUUGAUUAGGUUCUGACUUCAGGUUAGGAUCUCUGAAGACUGACGACUGACAUCUCAGAAGGAUGGAACUAGAUCUACAUCACUGACCACUGAUUUCAGGUUAGGAUCUCUGAAGACUGACGACUGACAUCUCAGAAGGAUGGACGGGUUGCCGAAGAACGUGACUCCCGGACGCGGCGGAAGCUUCGCGGAUUCGCAAGUCGACUUCGAUCCAGUUUCCGGAUUCCGCCAAACGCCCUCAGAUCCCCGUCCCGGUGCCUCCUCGAGCAUUCGCACUCCUAGGUCAGGCGUUUUAGGGUCGUUAGGAUCGCCAGGCUUGUUGGGGUCUUCUAACCCCCAGACUGGAAGCGCUAGGCCGGGAAUAGGGAGUUAUGCUUUGGGAUCCGGUACCGGCAGCACUGUGAAGCAAGAACCCGUCGAUUGGCUGAGUGCGACUGACGCUGCUGUCGCAGGCGUCGCCGAAGAUCGCCAGGAUCGUCGGGAUUCGCUGGAGCAUGAUGCGACGACAGAUAGUAAAUAUUGUUCGGGAAAUAACGAGCUUGAAGCGUCGCACGGCGACGAGGCGGUGCUGGAAUCUGACCUCGUUCGCGACGUUCUCGCGCUGUGCGAAGGAAUCGACGGUCGUUACGUCAAGUUCGACGAUGAAUCGCGAUCCGUGCGAUUCGUGCCAGGCGCGCGAAUAUCGCAGAUAUGCAUGGCUGAGGUUCGGCAACUAAGCAGGCUCGGAGUGAUGGUUCGGCAGAUCCAAGCCUAUAUUCAGGCAGUAGCCUCGGCCAACUCCAUCUUAGGGAGCAGCAGUGGCAGGGGGGGCCUGCCGCGAGGAGCGGGACGAGCGGAAAGAUCUAUGCUGAAGGAGGAAGGAGCGGGGGGUGGGGAAAGGGCGUUGGCGAAGAGAGAAGGAGUGAAACAAGGGGAACGGGCCGCAGUGAAGGAGGAAGGGGGGUGGCGAGGGGAAAGAAGCGAGGUGAAGGAGGAAGGAGCAGCGGAGGGGCUGAAGAGCAAGAACCAAAUGGCAUUCUGCAGCGCCCUUAACACGGCGCUAAGCCAAUACCGCGAAGUGCUGGCCUGCCUAGACGCGUACCGCCACGCCCCCGUGCCCUCCGACCUUCCCUCGCUCCCCUCCCUUCCGCGAGGUGCUGGUGCUGGUGGUGCCCCAGCAGCGCCAGCAGCAGCAGCAGCAGCAGCAGCAGCAGCAGCAGCCCCAGCAGCCCCAGCAGCAGCGGCACCAGCAGCAGCUCAGCCCUCCAGGAGGGAUGGGUCAGGAGGAGCGGCGUCGAGACUAAGGGAGACGGGGCACUCUGUGGGGAAUGCGGGGGGGUACGCGGGGGAUGUGGGGCACGUGGGGCAUGUGGGGCAUGUGGGGCACGUGGGGCACGUGGGGCACGUGGGGCAUGUGGGGCAUGUGGGGCCCGUGGGGCAUGGGGAGGCGGGCAGGAGGAGGCAGGAGCAGGGCGGGGAGUAUCUGAGUCUAUCGCUCCUGCUGGCGUUCCUCUCUCCGUGGUUCGCUCGCUUGGGUUGCCUCGUCGGCUUCAUUCAAGAAUGCAGGUCGAUGCGUGGAGGGCGGUUUCUUGAUGCACUAGAGGCGGAGAAGAGGGCAGCGCAGGGCAGGGAGCGGGAUCAGCUGGGCGCAGCUCUGGACGAGGCAGUGAGGCCGCUGGUGCGGGGCGUGGUGGAGUGGGCUGUGCUGGGGAGGGCGGAUGCUGGCAACGAGGAGUUUUUUGUGCGGUGCAAUGCGGUGGCGAGCAAGGACGUGCUCUGGCAGGAAGGCUUCUGGAUGGACGAGGCAAUGGUUCCUGAGAGACUUAUCCCUCUGGACCUAGCGCAUGCCAUCAUUCGUGUUGGCAAGUCCAUCCGCUUCCUCGCCCACUGCUGCGGGGACAGACUCGGGCCCGAAGCUGCCAAGCAGGUGGAGCGGCAGGUUCGGGGCCACCGAGCCUCGCUGGAGCUUUGGGACGUGCCGAGGCUGGUGGAGAGGGUUUCAGCGCAGGUGGAGACGCACCUGGUGCAGGUGGUGCUCGGGCAGUUCGCUCUGCUGCACCACUGUGGACUCAUCAAGCGAUUCGUUCUGCUCACGAACGGGCACUUUGCACAGGUGCUUCUAGAUGGGGCGUCCAGCGAGCUCAAGAAGCCGAUCAACAAAGUCAGCAACAUCACUCUCUCAGGUGCUCUCCAGGGGGCAGUGCUGGCGUCGCUCUUCUCUGGGGAGGAAUCAACGCUGGCAGAUGCGCUGCAAGUCAAGCUGGUCAACGACAGCACCCCUGGGAUAUCCGGCUGGGAUGUGUUCACCUUGGAGUACCGCGUUCUACCGCCUCUCACCGCCGUGAUAACCCCUGCCGCCCAGCGGCACUAUGCGCUGCUCUUCGCCGCGCUCUUCCUCCUGCAGCGCACGCGCCGCGCCCUCUCCUCCACCUGGCUCGCCCUCAAGCCCACUGCCUCGCGCUUCCUGCCGCCCGUUGUCCGGGAAUCGACUGUUGCUACAGUUUCGGGCAGGCUGGGCGGAGGUUUGGGUGCCCGGGCAGCUGGAACGGGCAGCAGAGUGAGAAGAACAGACCCGGGAGGCCUGGGAGUCGAUGCUUCUGCUUCUGCUGCUGCUGGUGCUGGUGGUGGUUCGUGGGAGGAGGAGGGGGGAGCAGGGAGCAGAGCGACGGGGGGGUUGCAGGCGUGGAAGGAGAGGGAGGAGGAGAAGCUGGUGGGAGGGCCGGUGAGGGGCGCGAGAGGGGUGUUUCUGCGCAUGUCGCAGUUUAUGCGCGUGAUCGAGUCGUUUGCUGCGCUGAGGAUCGAAAUCAGCUGGGCGCACAUGGUGGAACGGGCUAAGGAUGCAACAAAUCUGGACGAGCUGAUCGCGUGCCACGAGCGCUACCAGCAGGCCCUCCUGAGGGCCCUCUUCCUGGACCGCCCCUCAGCCGCCAUCCUGGCCAGCGUGCGCCGCAUCUGCAAGCUCGUGCUGGAGCUCUCUCACCUCGCUGCUCGCCUGCAGAAGCACACCGACUCGCUCUUUGCCAGGAAGCUUGCUGCCGCACGAACAGCAAAAGCUACCAGCAGCAGCCGGAGCACAAGUGCUCUUCACACCAUUGACAGCCUCGGAAACACCCAAGCCUCGUCUUCAGGUUCGGCAGACCUCCAUGAGCUUCGGUCUCAGGUUGCUUCAGUAAUACAGCGCUUCUCAGCAGAGGUUCGAGUUGCUGUGGCUGCCAUGGAGGUUCGGACGGAUUCAGAUGAUAUUGUCGAUUUGGCCCAGAGCUGCCGAUAUGCCGCUAACAUACGACAAUAAAUGCAGUGUGGCUAGAUGAGUUGCGGGAUAGGUAGUUCAGCUUAACACAUGCGGUCUGCUUUUGCGUGUGCUGACUCGAAUUCUGACGCAGCCAUUAGAGCAUGUCUCGAAAAAUCAUACCAUGUAAGGUUGUUAAAACCCCC